AUGGAGUCUCGAGAAUCUCGGUUUCUGGACCCAUCGUCUGCCAUGGCAGCGAUCACCAGGCACAAGGCGGAAGCAAUCAAAUUGGCACGAGAGCAGGGAACAGCUGUGAAGGAGAUGUGUCGUCGUGCAAAGACGGAUGUGCCACCAUAUGAGUUUGAAGAACUGAUUGGCAAGGGUGCCUAUGGACGAGUUUACAAAGGCCGUGGGAUACCUUCCGGUCGGCUCGUAGCCAUCAAAGUUCUCGACAUCGACUCGCUCGACUACAAGUCAUUACGUGAUUUCAGGGAUGAGUCUAUCAAGGACUUCAUUCAUGAAACCAAGGUGAUGAAACAAGUAAAGGACGCAGGAGCGAAGAACAUCAACGAGAUCAUUGAAGCCAUUUCCAUCCACUCCCAACUGUGGUUGGUUUGCGAAUAUUGUCCUGGAGGAAGCGUGCGGACACUGAUGCGGGCAACAAGUGACAAACUUGAUGAGAAAUUCAUCAUUCCCAUCGCACGCGAGCUGGCCGUCGGGUUACACGCGAUUCACGAAGCUGGCAUCAUACAUCGCGACGUCAAAGCUGCAAACAUUCUCAUACAUGAAGAAGGACGAUUAGAGAUUUGCGACUUCGGUGUAGCAGGUGUUCUUCAAUCACAGCGGGACAAGCGAUCCACCUGGAUCGGAACACCUCACUGGAUGCCACCAGAAAUGUUUGCAACCCGUGGGGAGGCCCAUAAAUACGGUAGUGAAAUUGAUGUGUGGGCGUAUGGCUGCACACUGUUUGAAUUCGCAACGGGAAACCCACCCAACUCUGGCCUUCGUGAACGUAUGCAAAUCGGACGACAGCUCAACCGAAAUACUCCUAAACUUGAUAGCAACAAUUACAGCGAGGGGCUAAAGGAGCUGAUUGCAUUCGCGUUGGACUCCAAUCCUGCCAGUCGCCCCACGAUGGCUGACAUAUUGGCCCAUCCCUACAUUGCCGGAACUGACGAGGAAUAUCCCACAUCAUCUGUAGGCGAGCUUGUGAGGAAUUACUACCAGUGGUCACAACGAGGAGGCCAGCGUAUGUCUCUGUUUCACCCCGGGGGCGCUGCCGCCGCCGAACUUCCAGGUACCGACGAGUCGGACGAUGAUUGGAACUUCAGCACCACAGAUGGCUUUGAGCGACGGUUUUCGGUCAUUGAUCUAGAUCAAAUCGCAGCUUCGCUGGCUGAGAUGGAAGAAGCCAUCAGCCCGACUACCCCGACUUCGGAACAUGAUUCCAACGAAGAUGCUUCUGACACCGACCUGGACCAGGAGCAAAAAGCCAAUUUCGACGAGCGGGUGCGACGAGGUGCGGCAGCAAUGGAAGGCCUCUUUGAUGAGGAGAAGCCGAGCUACAAAUAUGAGACGAAGAACGACUUUGUCCCUAUCCAGCCUCCUCAGCCAUCAUCAGACCUACCUCUGCGCACCGAGACCGAUCGCUCCUCUGUGACAUCGACGUUCAUAGACAUCGACAUCGGUUCGUUUGAUUCAUCGCACUAUGCAGCUGGCGCACCAUCCGCACAGCCAUUCCAAUUGGCCGAUGCGGAUACCAUCCGUGCGAACCGAUCGAGUUUACGACUUCAUCGCAACUCGAAUGAAACUAGUUCACAGUCAUCUGGCAGCGAGGCGGAAGGUGGCGACAGUCAAGACGAGAGCUUCCAAGCCCCAUCCGGCCCUCGGCCUCCUACUAUGGAUUGGAAGUUCCCGGUAUUUUUGCCGGCAGAGGAGGAGGCAAAGGAGGAGGAAAAAGCAGCGCCUGAGGAGACACCAGCGCGAGAGCCAAUCCAGGAAGAAUCCUUCCAAGCCGAAAAGCGCGCCACGAUGCAGUGGACAUUCCCUGUCAUGUCAGCACAGCCGGAGGAGACAAAUACCAACAAUGAGUCCGACCGUCAUGAUACCAUCCGAGCGCCAGUCGCCCCUCUCCAGCGGCAGCCUACCGACGAGCCAGUCGACUCCCGCCCAUCUACCUCUGCCUCCCAUACCUCCACUAUGUCAGAUUCCGACUAUGACCCGUUCCGUUUUGAUCGCCCAACCACCCCGCAGGGCGUCUCGCCCCAACCAGCCUCCUUUGACUCGGACUUUCCGACGCUGACUGGAUCAACUACGGAUGAAGAUUCAGAGUCAGCGGGGGUGCUCGAUGGGCCUGGUCCUGAUGAAGAAGAGGGCCACUCAUUAUGGAAGGGGCACGAUGAUGUGGAGUCUGAAGACGAUGUACUUCCGCUUCCUACCGCCAUUCCAGUACAUGGAAGCCCCGGAGGUACGGCUCCCUCUGUCUCGGAGCCAGGCUCCCCUAUCUACGAGGAGCCUUUGCAGACUGCCCGUCUAGAUAUUGUAUCAGGGACCACUCUCGGGAAGUCUGAGCCGGGUGCCAUUUCGUUUCCAUUUGUCAUUCCGCCCAACAUGGAGAGCUUGAUGGAGGGAGCUGACGAUGCUACUAUGACUGCAGAGCUGGAUCGUCUGCUAGGUGACUUCCUAGGUGCCCUUUCUGCGACUGGAGAGGCACUUUCGAGAGCCAGUCCUGAACAGCAGGCGGACGAGGCUAACCACACUGCUGAGAGGGCCCAAUAA